GUGUGCCCCUUUAUUAACAAAACAGAACUACCUGCGUAUACUCGUGUGAAGGCAUAUGAUAGAGCAACUGGGGAAGAAAUAGAUGUUGAAACCCGAAAGUACACGAACUGCGUGGAAGCAGGUAUACUAGGACUGGUAUGCUGUUUAGUGUAUGAUCCCGUGGAAAAGAAGUACAGCGCAGAUCAUUUACCAGACCAAAAAGAAACUAUGCCACUGAAACAAUUCUUCCGAGAUUACUCCAAACCAAGAGAAACUACUAGCUAUGAAAUGUAG